CAAGUCUUAGGCACUCGACUGUGUGUUCAGUUCAAAAUAGGAAGAAGUCGUAGGCUGUAAUUAAAACCAGUCGAAAUAGUUUUCUUGAAGUGAUGGGAUUGGGGGUGAUUUAUAUCUUGUUUUGGUUAUCUUUGAUUCUUCUAUGGAGAAUACGAAUCGUGUAAUAGGGAGAGAAAAAAAAACUUUAAAGCUCAAGCAUAUAGAAUUUAAACCUUCUCUCAGAAGUGUGUAGCAGAGCUACAGAAGACGACAACCAACCAGGGGUCAUCCAUCUGAAAUUGUAAUUGGCUCACUAAUCCAGGACAAAGUUAGAGAUCACAACUCAAGCAUAAGUCUCCUUUUCCUAACACUGCUACAAAGAUGUUUGACAUAAAGGCUUGGGCUGAGUAUGUUGUGGAAUGGGCUGCAAAGGAUCCAUAUGGCUUCCUUACAACAGUUAUUUUGGCCCUUACUCCAUUGUUUCUAGCAAGUGCUGUACUGUCCUGGAAACUGGCCAAGAUGAUUGAGGCCAGGGAAAAGGAGCAAAAGAAAAAACAAAAACGCCAAGAAAAUAUUGCAAAAGCUAAACGACUGAAAAAGGAUUGAAGGAAUGAACAGGCUCUGCAACCAGAGGAAACUCAUUUGGGAAAUUAUGCAGCUUUGGAAGGACCCUGUAAAGUUUCUCUUCUGGAUUUAUGAUAGUAUUUAAUAAACGAAGCCUGAGCAUAUGGAAGAAUCAUGUUCUGACCGCUACUGUAGCAACGUUUAGGCUUCUGUAUAGAAGUCUGUUGACAGUUAUUUAUUAUGCCAAAAAUGCUUUAUAACCGACUUAGUCAUUUGCCAUUUUGCAGCUUAAUACAUCCUGUGGAGAAAAAAUGGCUUUAGAUUAUGAACUCUUCAAAUACUGCCUCAAAAAGGGUCCUGUUCUGGACAAAGGAAACUAAGAAUGUAAAAAUGAGAACUGUCCUGAGGUGAAAAGUAUGUUUUGGCUUAAAAAGAGAUACCGCAUAUUAAUUACAUCUUUUGUCAUUAUUGCUUAUAUCUUAGCAUCAUUUCUGGCUUUCUCAAAGCAAAAUAUUAUUAAUCAGUGAGUACUUCGUUUUCUACAUUUUCCUCAUUCUAGCCUUUGAGAGACUGGUAAUUAUCAGACAUUCUGCCUUUUUAAAAAUCUAAUUUUAUGAAAAAUUCAUCCUGAUUGUAUAGAGUACCACCUACUAACAAUUUUUGUACGUAUGAAUGCUGUCAUUUACUUAGAGAUGACUUGUUGACUAGAGUAACACUGUGAUUUAAAGCUUGCAGUAAAAAUGCCAACCCUUGUAGUACUUUGGAACCAGUUUAUUCUUACUUGUGCUAAGAAGAAAUGUGAAGUAGUUAAAAUGUCUUAUGUGAUAAUUUGCUGAUUAUAUGAAUACCACUUUUAACUUUUCCAUUUUUUGAACUCAUGUAGUGAUGUUCUAUAAUUUUUGAUCAAACAAGUUCAUGGUGAAAAUUAAAAUUUCAAUUUUGUUUUCAAGGAA